AUGGGUGCGGGCUUUUUUACGUAUGCUGUUGCUUCUCUUUCCAUUCUGCUAUCAUCUGCUCUACAGGCGUUAGCGCCGCUAUCCUCUUCACCCUCUCCUUUCCUUUCUGCACCGAUGGCCCGAGAGCCUUUGCUUGCGACGAGGGCACAACGUGCGUUCAUUGCGACUGUGACAAUACAGGCUGUCGUGGUGUUGGUUUUGGUCGGCGUGACCUUCCGUCUGGUUGAUGAACACGUCCCUCUACGACAAACGAGAUACAAGACUCUUCCGUGCUAUCUCGCCCUAUACGCGCUCGCAGAGCUAUUCGAACUGUUCAUGGCCUUCGAUGCUUUGAGGCUCCGCAACGUUAUCCAACUCGUUGGACUGCUAAUAUUCCACGCCGCACUCAUGGUCUCCGCUGCUCUGCAAGUACACCAAACCAAGUCCGCUCUUGUAUCUCUUGGGGACGACUGUACCUAUAACUACGUGAAUUGUGGCGGGCCUGGUACACUAUGGCGGAAGAUCCAACCCCUCCUCAUCACUGCACCCUGUGUCAUCGCUGCAUCAUGGUUUCUCAUGCUGUUCCUCAUCAAGCAGCUCUAUGGUGAAUUUGGUUGGGCCAUCUUCCAUGUAGUCGGAGCAAAUCCCAAGAUGAAGACCAUGUACCAAUAUUACCAGAUCAUGAUUUGUCUGCUCAAGUUCGACUUUUUCUUCUUUGCCGCGGUCACGAUGCAGCUUCUCAUUCUCGUGCUCCAACGCAAUGAAGCAGAAUUUGGUGUUACCAUUGCCGCGAUACCUGUUGUUCUCCUCUUGCUUAUUUUCUGUGGCAUUGCCGUUCAAAGGGAAAUCAAAUCCGUCAUGACGCUCUCACUGGUGCUAAUGUUGGCGGCCCAAAGCUAUUUCUUAUACAAGCUCGUCCGUUUCUACCAACCUUCCUCCAGCGAACAAUAUGAAACCACCCGCGCAACCUUGACUGUCUUCACAAUCAUCGCCUUUCUUCUGCUACUAGCCACCUUCGCUGUUGGCCUACGUUGCUUCUCCGACUUCGACCGUGGACUGCAAACCUCCAAGGUGCACUCCGUGCCUAUCCGUCCAUCAGCGUCGACAAAGAACUCUGGCAUGAGUCAGAAAGAAUCAAGCCAACCCGGGGUCCCACUGGGUCCACGGAUAUCUAUCGAAUGA